CGUGCGCCGCGCGGAACGGCACCCUGUGGGCCACGCGGGCUUCAGCCCGCGCGCCAUCGCGCCAUGCCUCUGCCUGUAGUGCUAAGCAGCUGCGUGGAUGCCAUCAGCAAUCGCUUGGAAGAGCUUGUGUGUCAUUGCCAAGAACUUCAUCGCGAAAAUCAGACUUUGCAGAUGGAGAAUGCCUCUCUGAGACUGCAACAGGCUGGAGCGGCCGAUCGAAGACCGCAGGUGCCUUUACUGGUGCUGCCUCCAGAGGUGCAAACCUUGGAGGCCCGAGUGAAGGAGGUCUUCUUGGAGCCCGAGCAAUCCAUAGAGCUGCCCAGUGCCGCAGGCCCAUCACCGGAUACUUCCAUCAUGCUGUCCGGGGACCCGGAGGAUUCUGCUCAGCUCGGUGCGACCACCUCCCAUGGCCACUCCGCCAUGGAGACAGUGCUGGGCUGCAAGAGGACUCUGGAAGCUUCCGACAGCAGUGUGGAGCAGCUGAAGGCCGUCCUGCAGGAGCUGCGAAAUCUUGGAGAGUUGUCCACCAAAGUGUUGGCCGAGACAAAGAUUGGCCUCGCGGUGAAUCAGCUCAGCAAGGCAAGUCAUGGAAGUGAGGAACUUCGCGACAUGGCCAAGUGCUUGGUGCAAGACUGGAAGCAGCUGCAUCGCAAGAGGAAAGGCGUCGCUGAAAGCGAGAGCCCCAAGAAAGCUGCCAGAGGGGCACCAGUCGCGCCUGAAACUCCAAAAAAAGCACCUCCAGUGACUGGAGCCAGACUCAAGGUGCUCGAAAAACUUCAAGAUGCUUUGAAGGAGGCAUCGCUUCGUUGUGGUUCAGUCGAAGCUGUGUCAGUUGAAGAUUUUGCCGGGCAACUCGAAGAGGAGCCACUGUCGACGAUUUAG